UCUUCCAUAUUCCCAUCUUCUUCUCUCUUUCCCUAUUCCUCUCCUGUAUUAUCCUAAUUUCCUUCUCUUUCUAUAUUAUUAGUAUUAUAUUGGUUUAUUAUUGUGCUAUUAUUCUGUGUUAUCCUGUUAUUACUGCUGUUCUUGUAUUGCUUUUUGUCGUUUAAUUACUUCUAUUCCUACUACCCUAUUGCUGUAUUACCAUGCCUUAUAAUACUCGUCGCAAGUCCCUCUCUCUCCCCUCGCUGGGCAUUCAUCUUCCCAGUUCAUCGCGCCGGUCUCCUUCGACUGAAAAUCACCAGCAACUGCCUCCAUCCAAAAAAGUCAAGAGGUCGCACGACUCCCUCUCACUCUCCCCCGAGCCUUCGUCGUCGUCCCAACAAAGCCCCGCUGUGCGCGCCGCCACCUGGGAGCACACGCCACCUCCUUCGCCCAUGGACGAUGGCCUUGCACCGCGGAUCGACACCGAGGGCAUCAACGACGAUAUUGUGGUCGGCGUCAUUCACCAACUCGAGAAGACCGCCAACCGCCCGCAUCUCGUUAAGGAACUCGCCGCUAUUCUCUACACUCUCAACGAUAAUGUCGCAAAUUCCGCCAACCCCGCCGCUCUCCUCUCGUCGCGACUGAGCGCCUACAUGAAGCGUUCCUGGUCCGCCCUGGCGCCUUGUCCUAUCGCCAAGGAGCUUAUUCCUGUUCAUCCUCGAAAGGUCUAUUACUAUCUUACAACCAUGCAGCGCCAGCCAUUGCCCGAGAACUCGGACGAUAUCAUGAUUCCGUCGGGUAUGGUUGGGAAACAGAUGACCCCCAGUGUCACUAGUGUGGAUCAGGAUGAUGAGGACAUUUUUGCGCAUCAACGGUCGCCUAGCCCAGAGGUCGACCUCUCCUCCCCCGACUUCGAUGAUGAACACAUCAAUUUGCACGGUCGUCCCGAUGGUGCCGCCAGAUCCGGCUCCGACUUCCACGCCCAUAUGCGUCUGAUGCACUCUCACCGUGCCGCCUCACCACCGCUCGAGGGUGACGAGAAGGAAUUCACGCAAACUGCCAGUGCCGUUCGCGAGCGGGCCUCCGAGCAAAAGGCAAACCAGGGACAGACCGGUGCGGCGCGUUCCGGUAUCUCGGAAGGUCUCAGCCAGAUGGAUGGCAUGAACGUUUCUACCUCAAACUCGCAUCUCGAUGACUCGCCAUCUUCGUCGUUUAGCGGCGAUCGUGUGUCUGAUGAUUUCGAGUAUGGCGACUAUUUCUCGCAUUCGGGCGCCCUGGAUCAGCAGUCCCCGGCACCCAAGCAACAAAAGGGCCAGGACGAUGAUGCCGCUUGUGCUUUCCUUGGUACCUCGCCUUCUCCAUCUCUCACCUCGGUUGCAUCCUCGCUUUCUUCGAGUGCCCCUUCGGAUGCCGGCUUGGACACCGAGGACUGUCCCCAGAUCGCCCUUCCCGAGGUUGCGCAUGUGUCGCCUCUUAAACGGUCGAUUGACAUGCUCAACAGCGGUCUUCCCGAUGUUGAUAUCAAGAUGUCUGAUCUGGCCGAGUCCGAGGAUAAGGUGGCUAUCAAGGCCAGACCCUCGUCGAUUAUGGACGUUGAUACGGCCUUUGAUUCGUGGAGAGAAUUGCAGAGCCCUGAAACCGUCGAGGUUGAUGAGCUCGAUGAAAUGUUUGGAGAGAUCUAAGCGUUGCAUUUUUUUUUUUUUUUUUUUUUUUUUUU